GGCAGCAAACAAGUUACUAAUUCAUUCCCCCACUUGCUCUCAAGUUCAGAAGCAGCCUGGCAGACGUGGAACCACGAUGAAACUCCCAGCCCCUUUCCGCACCUGCGGCCUCGAGCUGGCCCUGUUCUCGCUGCUGGUCGUCCUCCAGACCACCACUGCCCAAAAGAAUGGCAUCGACAUCUACAGCCUCACUGUGGACUCCAGAGUCUCCUCCCGCUUUGCCCACACGGUUGUCACCAGCCGGGUGGUCAAUAGGGCCGAUACUGUGCAGGAGGCCACCUUCCAGAUGGAGCUGCCAAAGAAAGCCUUCAUCACCAACUUCUCCAUGACCAUUGAUGGUGUGACCUACCCAGGAAACCUCAAGGAGAAGGCUGCAGCCCAGGAACAGUACAGCGCAGCGGUGGCACAGGGAAAGAGCGCCGGCCUUGUCAAGGCCUCCGGGAGAAAGACAGAGCAGUUCCAGGUGUCGGUCAGCGUGGCUCCUUCUGCCAAGGUCACCUUUGAGCUGGUGUACGAGGAGCUGCUCCAGCGGCGUCUGGGGGUGUAUGAGCUGCUGCUGAAAGUGCAGCCCCAGCAGUUGGUCAAGCACCUGCAGAUGGACAUUCACAUCUUCGAGCCCCAGGGCAUCAACUUCCUGGAGACGGAGAGCACCUUCAUGAUCAAUGGGCUGGCAGAUGCUCUCACUACCUCAAAGAACAAGACCAAGGCUCAUAUCCGGUUCAAGCCCACGCUGUCCCAGCAGCAAAAGUCUGAGCAGCAGGACACAGUCCUGGAUGGCAGCCUCAUCAUCCGGUAUGAUGUGAACCAGACCCUCUCUGGUGGCUCCAUUCAGAUCGAGAACGGAUACUUUGUGCACUACUUCGCCCCUGAGGGCCUGUCCACAAUGCCCAAGAAUGUGGUCUUUGUCAUUGACAAGAGUGGCUCCAUGAGUGGCAGAAAAAUCCAGCAGACCCGAAAAGCCCUAAUCAAGAUCCUGGAUGACCUCAGCCCCAGAGACCAGUUCAACCUCAUCAUCUUCAAUGAGGGAGCUACCCAGUGGGAGCCAUCGCUGGUGCCAGCCUCGGCCGAGAAUGUGAACAAGGCCCGGAGCUUUGCUGCCCAUAUCCAGGCCCACGGAGGGACCAACAUCAACGAUGCGAUGGUGAUGGCCGUGCAGCUGCUGGAGGACAGCAACCAGAAGGAACUGCUGCCCUCAGGGAGCGUCUCACUCAUCCUCCUGCUCACGGAUGGCGACCCCACCGUAGGGGAGACUAACCCCACGCAGAUUCAGAAGAAUGUGCGGGAAGCCAUAGGCGGCCAGUACAACCUCUUCUGCCUGGGGUUUGGCUUCGACGUCAGCUAUGCCUUCUUGGAGAAGCUGGCGCUGGACAAUGGCGGCUUGGCUCGGCGCAUCUACGAGGACUCAGACUCUGCCCUGCAGCUCCAGGACUUCUACCAGGAGGUGGCCAACCCACUGCUGACGGCAGUGGCCUUUGAGUACCCCAGCAAUGCUGUGGAGGAGGUCACAAAGGACAACUUCCGGCUCUUCUUCAAGGGCUCGGAGAUGGUAGUGGCUGGAAAGCUCCAGGACCACAGCCCUGAGGUACUGACAGCCAGAGUCAACGGGAAGGUGCAUAAGCAGAAUAUCACCUUCCAAACGGAAACCAGCGUGGCGGCGCAGGAGGAGGAGUUCCGGAGCCCCAAGUAUAUCUUCCACGGCUUCAUAGAGAGACUCUGGGCAUACCUGACUAUCCAGCAACUGCUGGAGCAGAGUGUUUCUGCACCAGAUGCGGAGCGGCAGGCCCUUGAGACCCGAGCACUGAACUUGUCCCUCAGUUACAACUUUGUCACUCCUCUCACAUCUAUGGUGGUCACCAAACCUGAAGGCCAAGAACACUCUCAAAUUGCAGAGAAGCCUGUGGAAGAUGAAAAUAGCAACAGGAAUGUCCACUCAGAGGGGACCUUGGAUCCCAAGAGGGACAGGGACUUUCCAGUGGUGCUCAUCAUGGCACUAUUUAGACUAGUCAUUGCCAACUCCUUUCCUCCUCUUCCCCCACUCAGCUUACGGGCAUCAGGCAUCCCCCCCGCUCCCCAAGUGUGUCUGAAUGUUCCUGCACUCAUGCCUGCUUCAGCAUCACAAAUCAUCUCAAACACUGAUCAAGCUGUGUUGCAUGGUAUGGAUAUAAAAAUCAAAGGCCAGAAGGAGCUGCCUAAACCCAGACUUUUUCUUUUAGAAACAGCCACAGCAGCCUCAUCCCCAGCCCCCAUGCAGGUUCCUUCCGUAAUCCUGCCGCUGCCUGGGCAGAGCGUGGAGCGGCUCUGUGUGGACCUCAAGCGCUCUCAGGGGCCAGUGAACCUGCUCUCAGACCCUGAGCAAGGGGUUGAGGUGACGGGCCAGUAUGAGACGAAGAAGGCUGGCUUCUCAUGGAUCGAAGUGACUUUCAAGAAUCCCCAGCUACAGGUUCAUGCAUCCCCUGAACACGUGGUGGUGACUCGGGACCGAAGAAACUCUGUGUACAAGUGGAAAGAGACACUGUUCUUAGUGAUGCCUGGCCUAAAGAUGACCAUGGACAAGACGGGUCUCCUGCUGCUCAGUGACCCAGACAAAGUGACCAUCGGCCUGUUGUUCUGGGAUGGCCCUGGAGAGGGGCUCCGGUUCUUUCUGCGUGACACUGACCACUUCUCCAGCCAUGUCAGCGGGACCCUUGGCCAAUUUUACCAGGAUGUUCUCUGGGGGGAACCAACAGUGUCGGAUGACAGCAAACGCACGCUGAGAGUUCAGGGGAAUGACCACUUGGCUACCAGAGCACUCAGGCUGGAUUACCAGGAGGGACUCCCAGGAACAGAGGUUUCCUGCUGGUCCGUGGAGCUAUAGUUCUGAUGGGAGGAGCCAUGCCUGCUGUGUGCACUUGGCCACCACCCUGCCACUGCAGGUCCACCUGUGGAGCCUGGACCAAAACAGGGAGAGGCAUUCCCACUCAUUACAAAUAAAGAAAGGUGGUGUGAACCCA